AUGAAGGUCGGCUGCCACGUGUCAAUCUCGGGCGGGGUGGACAGGGCAGUCGACAACGCAGUCGAGAGGAAGUGCCUUGCAUUUCAGAUCUUUACCAGAAAUCCCCGCGGCUGGAGGGCAAAGGAGCUGGGCGAGACGGAGAUCUCAGAGUACAGGAGAAAGCUCGACGCAAGCGACAUCGACCGGCACGCCACAUGCGCCCACAUGCCAUACCUGCCCAACCUGGCAUCCACAAACAGCGACGCGCACCAGAAAUCCGUAGACACGCUCGUCGGCGAGGUCCGGCGGUGCGGGGAUCUGGGAAUCCCGUACCUGGUCACGCACUUGGGAAGCCAUCUGGGCGCCGGCGAGGAGGCCGGCAUCAGGCAGCUGGUCAUGGCAUACACCAAGGCGGCCGGGGUAAGAAACGACGUGACCAUUCUGCUGGAGAAUACGGCGGGGCAGAAGAACUCCGUGGGCUCGGAGUUUGGCCAGCUGGGAUCCAUCCUGUCGCAGCUGGAGCCGCAGGAGCGGUUUGGCGUGUGCAUCGACACGUGCCAUGCCUUUGUUUACGGGUACGACCUGAGAACCCCGGAUGCGGUCAGGGAGGCGUUUGCGAGGUUUGAUGACGCCGUGGGCUUUGAGCGCCUGAAGAUCCUGCACCUGAACGAUGCCAGGGGGGAGAUGGGCUCCAGGCUGGACCGGCACUAUCACAUAGGCCUCGGGCACAUCGGCAUGGAGGGCAUCGGGGCCGUGGCAAGGCUGGCAGGCAAGAAGGGGAUACCCAUCAUACUCGAGACCCCCAUAGACGACACCCGGGACGACUUUGAAAACAUCAGGAUAGUCAAGGGGUUAACAUAA